AUGCAUCAUCUUUCACCACCCCACCUCUCAGCACAUGACGAACAGGUGGAAGAUGUAGCCGCCUCCUCUCGCGUAUGGAGAUUCUUUGUCCGUGAACAGUGGGUCGACAUUGAAGACGCCGCGGCGGAUAAACAGAGACGAGCUCUGAUCGAGCGAUGGGCGACAGCAGAUCAGGUAUUCCGCGAUGUAAACUUGGAAUUUUGA